AAUUGGAUGCGGGUGAUACUCCGUCGCUACCUUAAACGUCACGAGUGCGCCGCUUUCUUUUCCCUAGAGAGGUAAAACAAAAUGGCGGAGCUGGGGAAGAAGUAUUGCGUGUACUGCUUGGCCGAGGUCAGCUCGCUCCGUUUCCGUUGCACGGAGUGUGCCGACAUCGAGCUCUGCCCCGAGUGCUUCUCGGCUGGCGCCGAGAUUGGCCCGCAUCGGCGCUGGCACGGCUACCAGCUGGUGGAUGGCGGGCGUUUCACGCUCUGGGGUGCAGAGGCCGAGGGCGGCUGGAGCAGCCGUGAGGAGCAGCUUCUCCUGGAUGCCAUCGAGCAGUUCGGCUUCGGCAACUGGGAAGACAUGGCUGCUCAUGUUGGUGCAUCACGAACCCCUCAGGAAGUGAUGGAGCACUAUGUAAGCAUGUACAUACAUGGCAACCUUGGGAAAGCCUGCAUUCCUGAUGUUAUUCCAAAUAGAGUAACUGAUCACACAUGCCCAAGUGGUGGUCCGCUUUCUCCUAGCCUAACCAUGCCUCUGCCACCAUUAGACAUAUCAGUAGCUGAACAACAACAGCUGGGAUAUAUGCCACUUCGCGAUGAUUAUGAGAUUGAGUAUGACCAGAAUGCUGAGACUUUGAUUAGUGGCCUUUCAGUUAAUUAUGACGAUGAUGAUGUGGAGAUAGAAUUAAAAAGAGCCCAUGUGGACAUGUAUGUAAGAAAACUGAAGGAAAGGCAGCGUCGAAAGAACAUUGCCCGUGACUACAACUUAGUUCCUGCCUUUCUAGGGAAGGAUAGAAAAGACAAGGAAAAACCUCUGAAACGUAAAAUCACAAAAGAGGAAAAAGAACUGCGGCUGAAGUUGAGAUCUCUUUACCAGUUUAUGUCUUGCAAAGAGUUUGAUGAUUUCUUUGAAAACCUGCACAAAGAGAAGGUACUUCGAACCAAGAUUAGGGAACUACAGCGAUAUCGACGGAAUGGUAUAACAAAAAUGGAAGAAUCUGCAGAAUAUGAAGCAGCUAGACACAAAAGGGAGAAAAGGAAAGAAAAUAAAAAUAUCAGUACCUCUAAGAGAGGAAAGGAAGAUGGUAAAGAUGGAGAAUUUGCUACAAUUGAAAAUCUACCUGGCUUUGAACUGCUGUCUGACCGAGAGAAAGUACUUUGUAGCUCUAUUAAUCUGAGCCCAGCACGUUACGUGACAGUUAAAACUAUUAUAAUUAAAGAUCAUCUUCAGAAAAGGCAGGGCAUUCCAUCAAAAAGCCGUCUUCCUAGUUACUUGGAUAAAGUACUAAAGAAAAGGAUUUUGAAUUUCUUAACAGAAAGUGGUUGGAUAUCCAGGGAUGCUUCUUGAAACUGGUCAGUCUGCUCUGCAACACCCUCAGUGUGGACAGAGUACCCAUGGUUAUCCAGUCCAGACUUUUUACCUUCUUCCUAAAAAUCACCCCUUCCCCAGGAUUCCUGUUGCAAACACUGACAUCUCAGACAACUGGGUUUUAAAGAAUCAAAUCAUGGAAGUCCUGACUCUUUUUGACCUACACCUUGGAAACAGUAUUUUUAAAAAAAGUGACGAGGUGGAAUACUUACCUGUUGACUAGUAUGUUAAGGGUAAAACAUGGGAUCCUGGCAAUACUGAACUCCACUUCUGCUAUACAAGCUAUAUGUGAUGGGGAAAGACUUGUUUGUUGUUUGGAACAUAGUGCUGGCUGAUGGUGUUCUGUUCUCCUCUGCACAUUUACUUGGGAUUAAAUUCCACUAUAUUUUCUGGUGCCUUGCUGAUGACUAAACCUCUUUAAGAUUACGUUGCAUGUUUCUCAUAUUAAAUCUUGGACUAUGAACUUCAAAAGUGCAGAAUUACUCUUCCUGAAUAUUACUAGUGAGCCUGUUUGUUCUUGAUUACUGCUAGAUUGGCAGCAGGAUGCUAGAGGAGAGGGCAUUAACAAGCUGUUGCCCUGCUUGAGUACAGCCCAUUCCGGUUUUCAGUUUUUAAGGCAGGCUGACUCCUGAUCAUAGAGCCUUGAAAAGCUUUGGCACAAAUCUGCUAUCUCACUACUGAACAACAUCGGUAGUGAGCUAGGAACUCUGGUGUACCCUGCUGAUUUUCAUUUGAUUCAAGUAAAAAUAUUACACAUACAGAGAAAUGAGUGUGUUUCAUGCAAUAUGUUGUAAUCUUACUGCUUUCAGUGGAAUGCACUGCCAUUUAAUAUGCUUAGGGUAUGGCUGCACCAGUUGUGGCUGACCAAACAUAGUCCUCCAGUUGUAUACUGUAGCCAAGAGGUCCCCAACUCCUGGUGCCAGACCGGGCCACCCCCGCAUGCAUUCACCCCCACACAGCUGAUUUGUGCAUGCGCGUGUGCUCUAGUGCAUCUGUGCGAGCACUGCGCUGCUGUAUGUGCAUGAGCGCAUGUGCACCUGCACAAGCGCAGCAGCACCAUUUGCACAUGUGUGCACACGCUCAUUUGCGCAAGAGAGCACGCACAUUCAUUCCCGCAUGUGCACGAGUGAGGGGGGUGCCCCACCUUCCCCAGCCGGUCUGCAGGGUAAAAAAGUUUGGGGAUACCUGCUGUAGCCCACUAGGGGCUUCGCAACUUUCUUUUUUUAGUUGCAGGUAAACAGCAAAAUGGGAAGCUGUCUGAGCUGAAUUUUAACUAGCAUCAGUUGCAAUUGGUGCAGGCUAUUUUAAUCGGUAGUGUAGUUGAUACAAAAAAGAUAUGAACUGUUGCCCUUUUGUUACCAGCUGCCACACAGUGCCACUUUAAUGAUCAUCUAUGGAUCUUGACACUCUUGGUAAGCAGGAGUGAUCUUUGUAGAACCAGUCUUGCUAGGCAGCAUGGAAGAAAAAUAUUGAAAAAAGCCAUGGAUUUGAAUUAAGCCCUUUCUUUAGAAAGCAAAGAGUUAUGGGCACUAUGCUUGUUACAUAGAUGUUUCUCACCUUGCUGGUAGUAGAGCCUUGCUGCUUGUUACCUACUGAUGAACAGUUUUUCCAAACCUCAAAAGCACAAGUCUGUAUCACACAUGCAAUGGAAUCAUGAGUGUGUUUUCACUCAGAGAGAAUAUAGAAAUUUCAGUGGGAUGAUAUCCCUAGUAAAUGUGCUUCAGAUUACAGCCUUAAGUUUAUUGUGUCCUUAAAUUAUUUGUGGAUUCAGACCUGAUGUGCACAUUAUGUAGAAUUCUGAAUUUUCUCACUAGGUUUCAGUGGGGGGAUUUGUAUUUUUAAUGUUUUUUUCCAUGUGAUAAAGUAGCACAUCAGAGGAAAAUUUAGCAAAAAAAAUCUUGCUGAUAUAUGCUGGUUUACUACAUAUUGUUUGUGAAGGGAAGCAUUAAAAUUUAUGCCACUUGCAAUCAGUAGCAUAUUUUACCAUUUCAUUUGGCUAUAGAUCCAAGUCUACCUGUUUCAAGUAGAUUUUUUACUGCAUAUGCUAAUGUUUAAUCACUAAUCUGCAACUCUGUAUAGUUACAGCUUGGUAACUUUGGCACAUUCUACAUUCCAGCAGUUAAUGAAAUAAUAAUAUAAUGGCCACUGUCCUUGCAAAAAACAAGUGUUCCUUUUCAGUUCCUAUGCUUUCAUCAGAUGCAGAAAGUUUUUGCCUCCGUUUUUAAGUGAGUUUAAUUAAAGACUGCUGUGGCCUGGGAAGCCAAUUAUGCUCAAAUUUAGAGGUGUUACACAGUAAAUACAGUACUUAACUCAAAUUUGCCUUAGUUUAAAGGGGGGACUGAAGCACAACUGACUCAGGAAUGCCAGAAUUCUCUUGAUCUCCAGGGCAGUACUGGCCUUUCUAAAAUGGUUGAAUUUUGUUCCAUGCGUGUCAUUACCAAGACGUCUGUUCAGGUCUAGAAGAUCCAUCAAUAAUUGAUUGUAGUCUGUGUGCUGUCAGUACAUCUAAUGGAACCUUUCAAAGAUCCUCACUGAUAAACAAGGUUCAUGUAAGCCUUAUGUUUUGUUGUUAGACUUUGCUGUUACCUAAGAAGAAUAACUGGUGCUAAAUAUAACUUAUUGAUAUGGUGAACAAUUUUUAGUUGUGUGGUGUUUAUUACAUAUGUGCUUUUACAGUGAGUUCUUUCAUUUGAGCCUCGUGGCGCAGUGGUUAAACUGCUGU